AUGUCACAAGAGCAUGUCACAGCCUCAGGGGCGCUUGGGGGCGGGCUCGCGUCGGGCUCGGACGCCGAGAAAAACGCGAGAGCUGACGCCUCAGGCAGAAACAAACCACCCCUAAAGCUACGCAGCUGUGUAGUAUGCCGAAGCCGGAAGGUUCGCUGCGACAAGCGAGCACCUUGUUCCAACUGCCGACGAGCGAACAUCGCAUGUGUUCUUCCACCUACAGACCGACCACCAAGAUGGGCCCGCCAUCUCGACCGCCUCAACAGCGCGGUAUCCAACCUACAGGCCUCCCAGGAACCAGAACCAGUGGGGGAAGAUAUGAUGGAGAGACUGCACAACCUUGAAAGCCUUGUCCAGGAGCUACGAAGUCAAUUGGAACAGGCCAAAUCAAGAGCUAACUCUGCUGGUGAAGGGUCAUCCGGUGUUGGUUCGCCUGAAAGCUCCGCCCAUGAUCGACAGUCAAAUCCAUCUUCCAUAAGUACGGCCAAUUUGCAAAACAAGUUUGGGAGAUUGGUGCUUCAGGAUUCCAGCCGAAGUCGUUAUGUUGGUAGUGGUUUCUGGUCUCGGGUCAAUGACGAGCUCGAUGGCCUCAGGGCAGAUGUUAGUGGUGUUCCAUUUGGAGAAUCUGAUACCUCGGAUGACGAGGCAUCACCAGAGAUGACCCCUUCCACACAAGAACUUGAACGGACUCCCGCAGAGCGUCACGGAUUCUUGUUUGGGCACGGUUUGGGUCGUUCCGCUCCUAAUCUCACCGAACUUCAUCCUCUCCCCUCUCAGAUUCCAUUUAUUCUAGACGUGUUCUCUGAAAAUGUGAACGUCAUCUUUCAAAUCGUUCACCUUCCCACUGUCAGGAACAUGGUUCGCGAUUGGCGCCGUGAAAUGAAGGGACUCACCCCAGCCAAUGAGGCCUUGAUGUUCUCUAUAUACUACGCUGCCAUCACGUCGAUGGAAGAAGAAGAUAUAUUACUGAAUUUCGGAGCAACUAAAGUCGAGCUCAAUCUCAGAUAUCGUCAAGGAUUUGAACAUGCUCUUGCAAGAGCUGACUUUUUGAAUGUACCAGAUUUUGUUCUUGUGCAGGCAUUCGCCAUUUUUCUUAGUCUUGUUCGCCGACAUGACAGUCCGAGGUUUGUGUGGAUGAUGACAGGGCUGUUAAUCCGAAUGGGUCAGGCUUUGGGGCUACAUCGUGAUGGCAUACAUUUCGAUUAUCUCAGUCCAUAUGAGAUUGAGAUGCGGCGCAGAGUCUGGUGGGCCCUGUGCAUGUUGGAUGCGAGAGCAUCUGAAGACCAAGGAACUGAUUACACGAUCACAAGAGCGAGCUUCGAUACCAAGAUACCUCUGAAUCUCAAUGACACCGACCUCGAUCCUGAUUCAAGGGAAAUGCCUCGGGCUCGCGAAGGCCUGACUGAUAUGUCCGUUGCGCGCGUGUCCAUUUGCAUGUGUGAGAUCACACGGAAGAUGUUGGUUCAUGAUUUUAAAGACGGAGCACCGAGCGUAGAAGAGCAAAACCGCUUGUUGCAACAGCUAUACCAAGGAUUCCAAAGAGACUUUCUUCAGUACUCAACCGAAUCAGGAAACAUUACACACUGGGUGAUAGUUAGGGUCGUUCGGCUUGUCAUUGCCAAAAUGACCUUGCUCAUGUACCUGCCUCUGUUGUUCUCCUCUCCAAAUCAAGAUUUUUCGGAGGAGCUGAGGACAAAACUAUUGGUUUCUAGUAUCGAGGUCGCCGAGUACAAUCAUGCCCUGAGCGAUGAGCAAGCAUGCCGGCACUGGCGCUGGGUGUUCCAGACCUAUACCCACUGGUACUCAAUUGUCUAUAUGAUGCUAGAAAUCUCUCGACGCCCCUGGUCGCCUCUUUCCGAACGGGCCUGGGUAGCCCUGCAUAGUCCCUGGUUGAUACCGAACCAAUCACACAUGGAAAGGAAUCUACGGAUCUGGAUUCCACUCCGAAAGCUUAUGACCAAGGCCAGGGAUCAUCGUGUUAUGGAGCUAAGCCGGCUAAGAAACGACCCUCAAGCUGCUCAACAGCUGGAGCAGGGCUAUUGCAUUACCCCAGUCCCAUCGAGCACUGGACCAUUUCCAUCUGAUUCGAAUCCUGCAGAUCUCUUCCUUCACCAAUGGCGCCAGCUGGUAGCACACUCGGGUAAAAUUAUACAUGACGCACUCGCUGUCACUGACCCGUCGAAUCCACCGGUACACACUGCAAAUACGACGCAUUCAAGUGCGCAUCUUGCUCCCGAUUCAUCUCACAAACCAUUCUAUUCAGAUUUCACCGUUGAACCAGAGUAUAUUGCUGCAGAGGAACGACAGUCCGGAUAUGAUGCGUCAGGCCUUGAAUCUGUAAACUUUGAAUCAAUCAUGGGUCCUACUUCAGCAAUUGGAUUCGAUGCCGGAAUUUCUGCCCCAUCAUCUCACUUCUCGAUGGCGCCGGGAGCCCAAUUCGACGGUCAAAUUGCAAUGCCUGCAGUUGUACCUUGGCUAUGGUCUGAAGAGGGCAUGUCGACUGAUUUUACUGGCACUGAAGACCAAGCCGAUAGCAACAUGAGCAUGGACGAGGAGGUGAACUGGUACAGUUGGGCCGCGUCUGCUAAGGAUAUUGAGUGUGACGGGGGAAACUAUAACAGUAGACCACUCUAG